UCGAGUUAUUGGGGAAAGUUCAAGCUGCAGAAACGUCACUGGAGUUGCUGCAAGCAGCUGAGCUGGAUCCAGCAGCACUGGAGCUCAGACAGGAAACUCACACUGGAUCUCUUACUCUAAGCAGAAGAGCGCACAGAAACUUUCCCCCAGCAUGAGGAUCUUUAAAGCGUCUGCUUUCAGACACCGCUUUAACUUUACCAGCUGCUUACACAGUAAACGCAGCCACGCGCAGGAGCACAGCUUCACCUUCGCGCGAUCAAGCUGUUUCCGAGGGCUGGAUGGGUCAGGGUCACGUGACUGGUGGCAGUUGGGGUUAAAAGUGAAGACAGGGGGUAUUUGGACCGUAAAUGGGGGGACAAGGUGGGUCAGCUCGAGCGCAGCGCGAGCUCAGACGUAUGACGAGGCGUUUAGAGGGGCGCGAGAGGAACUCGAGAGAUUCUGGAGCCAAGCGGCGCGCGGAGUGAGCUGGUGCACGCGCUGGGAGAAAACGCUGGACAACACACACGCAGUGUUCCCCAAAUGGUUUGUUGGGGGAGAACUGAACAUGUGCUUUAAUGCCGUGGAUCGUCAUGUGGAGGCGGGUAGAGGAGAUCAGCCGGCCAUUAUUCACGACAGCCCAGUUACUGGAACUAAACAGAUCAUCACCUACAGAGAGCUGCAAGAUCAGGUGUCAAGGUUGGCAGGAGUGCUGGUGAAGCAUGGAGUCAAAAAAGGUGAUCUGGUGGUGAUCUACAUGCCGAUGAUUCCCCAGGCCAUGUUCACCAUGCUUGCCUGUGCUCGCCUUGGAGCCCCCCAUAGCCUCAUUUUCGGGGGCUUUGCCUCCAAAGAGCUCUCUAUCCGCAUCGACCACGCAAAGCCCAAGCUGUUAGUUACAGCAUCGUUUGGCAUUGAACCAGGUCGGAGGGUGGCGUAUAUUCCUCUAGUGGAGAAGGCACUGGAGCUCAGCAGCUACAAACCACACAAAGUCCUUGUUUACAGCCGACCUGGGAUGGAGAGAGUGUCCAUGUCCUCAGGUUUAGGGCUGGACUGGGAUGAAGAGAUGACCUCUGCUCAGCCUCAGGAGUGCGUGCCUGUUCCUGCUGAUCACCCUCUGUAUGUGCUCUACACCUCUGGCACCACAGGCACACCCAAGGGUGUAGUGAGGGAUACAGGAGGGUAUGCAGUGAUGUUGAACUGGACUAUGAGUAAUGUGUAUGGACUACGUCCUGGUGAGGUUUGGUGGGCUGCGUCUGAUCUUGGCUGGGUUGUUGGUCACUCUUACAUCUGUUAUGCUCCACUUCUCCAUGGCAACACCACUGUGCUGUAUGAGGGAAAGCCUGUAGGGACUCCGGAUCCUGGAGCGUUUUUCCGUGUAAUGUCUGAGCAUGGAACAGCUUCAGUGUUCACAGCCCCCACCGCCAUCAGAGCGAUUAGACAGCAAGACCCACAGGCAGCCCAUGGGAAACGGUACAUACUCAACAGGCUCAGGUCUUUAUUUGUGGCUGGAGAACGCUGUGAUAUAGAGACAUUAGAAUGGGCGAAGAAGAGCUUUGGAGUUCCGGUUCUAGAUCAUUGGUGGCAGACUGAGAGUGGUUCAGCCAUCACUGCGUCUUGUAUCGGUCUGGGAAACUCUUUGGUGCCCCCUGCUGGAACUGCAGGCAAACCUGUCCCUGGAUACAAUGUGAUGGUGAUCAAUGAUGAAAUGCAACCUGUGAAGCCAAGGACACUGGGAAAUAUUGUAGUAAAGCUCCCUCUCCCUCCUGGUGCUGCACAGUCUCUCUGGCAGAAUGCAAAAUUGUUUGAGGAACUCUACUUCACAAAGUUUCCUGGUUAUUAUGACACUAUGGAUGCAGGUUAUGCAGAUGAGGAGGGAUUUGUGUACAUCAUGUCACGCUCUGAUGAUGUCAUGAAUGUGGCUGGUCACAGGCUGUCAUCUGGAGCUCUAGAAGAGUCAGUGCUGCAGCACCCCAGUGUGGUAGACUGUGCUGUAGUGGGUCUGGAGGAUUCUCUGAAAGGACAUGUACCACUCGCACUGUGUGUGCUGCAAAAUGACUAUCAGCAGAAUCCCGAUGUGGUGGUGAAGGAGCUGGUUAAGUUGGUGAGGGACACCAUUGGGCCUGUGGCAGCUUUCCGGAAGGUUCUCUUUGUCAAAGCUCUGCCUAAAACCCGCUCAGGAAAAAUCCCUCGCUCUUCUCUCGCUAAUCUGGUUAAUGGCAAACCUUACAAGAUUACUCCAACUAUCGAAGAUCCUGAAGUGUUCAAGGACCUCGAGAAAGCUGUGAAGGAGAAUCUGAGGAGAACUGGAUAAUCACAAGCACAUACAUACACACAACCUGUAGCCUGCAAGGGCUUGAGGCCUGUUGCUGCUAAGUAACAAAUUAAGCAUAACGGCUGCCAGAAAUCACUGCGGUUUCUUUAACCAGGAUAAUGUAGAAAUUCUACAUUUUUUCUGGUGUUUUACAGGUAAUAAUAGCAAUGUGAUAUCCCCAUGUGACACAGCACAUUUCACAACCCGCAAUAACAAGUACAGAUCUAUCCUGAAGUCAACUGCAAGUAGUAUUAUGUCCUGAAGAUGCAUCUUCAGGAUUGCUAGGAUGUUUGUGUUCAGUUGAACACAGUGGAUGUGUAGUAUUGCAUUAUCAGAUCCAGAAGAGUGUGAGCAACGUUACUUAUACGUUUGUGCAAAGAGCAGAUAUUUUAUAGGCAAAUGUUUGAUGUUACUUUUUAUUGACAAUGAAAACUUCUUUGAUCACCACAUAGUUUUGACCAAAAUACAAUCAGUAAUAAAUAAAAAAAUGGACACAAAAUAAAAUGAUUCUCUGUACGUGCAAAACAAGGAUGUAUAAACUCUGCAGAUCCGCUUUAUGGCAGAAAUAACUCAAAGACAGGAAAGGAGGUCUGUACAAGAGGUUACCCCGGCAACUUCUACAGAAAAUAGUUCAACAGUUUUACACCAAAAUAAGUCACAGCAAGCAACAGGUUUUGUCUUUUUAAAAGUUUAGUCUGGACUCAACAAGUUGAUAUACACUCUACGUUCACUAGGAGCUAAGCCUGUCUUGUAGUUAUUUCUCCUAUGACUGUUGAAGUAGGGGGUUUAGCUCUUAUUGAGAUGAGGCUGUUGGAUUGGUAGAUAAGUGGUGUUGUUUUGAGUGAACUCUUGCAGGGUUCUUGUAGAGUGAUGAGAUUUUGAGACAAAGUGAGUUUACUAGUGCAAGGCAAAAUCUGAAAUGACUCUAUAUUUAGCUUAAGGGGCACGAGCCUGUUGGUGUCACUUUAUGGCUAUGUCUCAGUACAUGUGGAACCUGACGCAAAGGCUGUCUAAAGCCUUAUUGGAACUGCAUCAGUCUGACCUGGGGAUGUGCUGUAAUUUGAGUGACCACCUAUGUCAUCUGUGAUUUUAAUCCAGUAUGACUCUGAAAUGUCUGUAGUUUUUACAAGUCUGCUAAGUAAUAAUUACGUUCCGUUUGCUUCCCUGAUAAUAGUAGUCAAAUCAACAGUAACCUCCACUUCUUUUUGGUGCCUGGAGGACAAGACUGACCGUUAAAAUGGGCUUGACUUGGUAGUUCAAAACAGGACUACCAUAAUAUUUGUACAGUUAUAUUUGUACUGUAAUGUAACACUUUUAAUGAUGGCCUAAUUAGAAGAAUGGAAGUUCAUCAACUGGAGGUUUUUGUUUGCUUAUUUAUUUGGACCUACUUUAGUGCAGUUUUAAAGCUGAUGUGAACAUGGAGGCCAUGAUGUUUUGAUUGGGACCAUCUGGGAUGAUUUAAAGAAUUUACAUAAAUACUUUAUCAUACAAUAUUUAAUCAUACAAAGCCAAUCA